CUCAGAAUUUCUUUGCCUAAGACAGCCGCCAAGGGUCCACAAAUUUUUGUCCAUGAAGCUGCUGAUUCUUUUUUUUGUGUUCAUCGCCCUUGCAAGCAAUUCUUUGGCUCUGAAAAAUGAAAUUUGCGGAUUACCCAAAAGCUCUACAGGCAGCUGCAGGGCACAUAUGAGGUUCUGGACUUAUGAUUCCCAAGCGAACAAAUGCGUUUUCUUUAUCUACGGGGGAUGUGGACGCAACGGAAAUUCAUUUAAUUCGGAGGAAGCGUGUAUAGCUAAUUGCGUGGAGUAAUAUCUUUACUAUAAUAUCUGUAGAAUAAAGAUUUAAGUUACAGAUUCUUUAA